AUGACCAAACUGAAAGAGCUGGUUGGGAUAAUGAAGGACAAAGCUUCGCAGGGCAAAGCCGCCAUCCUCUCCAAACGCGCCGCUCUCUCUCUCCUACGCGCCACCAGCCACGACUCCUUUACCCCUUCCACUUCCAAGCACCUCUCCACGCUACUCUCUGCAGGUGAAGGCUCACGCGCCACAGCCUCCGCUGCCGUGGAGCUUCUCAUGGACCGCCUCCAGAGCACCCAGAGCUCCGCCGUAGCGCUCAAGUGCCUCAUCGCUGUCCACCACGUCAUAAAGCGCGGCAGUUUCAUCAUGAGGGACCAGCUUCCGUACAGCGGCGGCGGCAGGAACAACCUUAAUCUCUCGAAAUUCCGCGACAGGAGCAGUCCCGUGUGUUGGGAACUGUCCUCGUGGGUACGAUGGUACGCUAAACACGUGGAACAGCUUCUCUGGGCUUCCAGGAUCGUUGGCUUCUUCCUCGGCGUUGAAGCUGAAGCAGACUCAGCUAAAGGGUAA